AUGAAGGCCAUCUUCGUCACCCUCCUCGCCCUCGCCGCCAGCGCCUUUGCGUCCCCGGUCGUCUCUGAGCGCCAGCUGGACAGCCAGGCCACCGAGAUCGACAGCCUCAUGGCCAAGAUCCAGGGCCACACCGCCAGCAUCAACAAGACCACUGCUGCCGCUCCCGAGAACCCCAGCGUGGCGCAGCAGAAUGCCGCGGCCGCGGCUCUCGCUCCCGACUUCCAGGGCAUCACCGACGCCCUGACCGACGCUACCAAGGUUCUGUCCAAGCGCGAGUUCUGGGUUGAGCGCCGCAAUGGCGCCUGCGACCACAGCUGUCUCUUGAUCAAGGUCAAGGGUCUCGUCUUUGAGAUCACUUGCACUCUGAAGUUUGUCAUCAUCAAGCUCGGUCUCGGUUGUGUCCUCGUCUACCUGACUCCCCUCAUCGUGGCAUUGAGCGGUCUUAUCCGCUGCCUCGACAAGGUUGUCGAUGGCCUCCUGAUUGCCGUCAAGCACAUCCUCGACGACGUCCUCAAGGGAGUCGCCGCGGGUCUCCUCGGCCUUAUCUAG